AUGUCGGCACUAGCAAGGCUCUCCGGUGAGCCUACUGCCGAGGCAGUGCUCGCCGCCCUGGACGCCGCACCCAACGGCAAGAUCGCCGACACGCGUCUGAUCGCGCCCGAGGUCUCGACCGCCGCCGCCGAUGCGCACACCGACCCGGCCAAGCGCUCCGAGGCGAACGAGGCGGUGUUCAAGGAGCGCGCACGAUGGCAGCUCGCGCUCUCGGACGUGCUCAAGUCGCUGCUCAGCAAGGAGAUGCUCGUGAUGGACAAGCUCGAGGAGUCCACCUCGGCGCCGCUCCCCGACGGCUUUGUGCUCCUCCAGAACGGCUCGCCCGAGAUCCGCCUCGUCAAGGCGCUCCCCAACGAAGCCGGUGCGGGCAAGUCGAUCGACGAGCUCAAGCAGCUGCUCGGCGCCGACACGCUCAAGAACGGCCAGAGCAACGCCUUCCGCAACAAGUGGGCCAAGAAGCUCCCCGACGGCACCUUUGGCCGCACCGACGCCACGCUCGGCAAGUCGGACGCGGAACUUACCGACGACAUCCAGCUGCAGCUCGUCGAGAUUCUCGCCACAGGCAGCCUCGCUGCCCCGGAUGCAGACAAGAAGCUCGCCGAGCUCCGCAAGCGCAAGCUCGUCGCGACGCGCAAGCUCGUCUACUUCUCCAUCGCCAAGGGCGCCCAGUUCUCGCUCACCGUGCAGAAGCUCGAGACGGACCUCACGUUCGAGAUGCUCCAGUCUGGGUCGUGGAAGACGGCGCCGUUCAAAAAGUACAACUUUGACGCCGAGGGGGCGGUGCCGGCGUCCGGUGCGCUGCAUCCGCUGCUCAAGGUGCGCGAGGAGUUCCGCAACAUCUUCUUCGAGAUGGGCUUCACCGAGAUGGCCACCGACCGCUUUGUCGAGUCGUCCUUCUGGUGCUUCGACUCGCUCUUCGUGCCGCAGCAGCACCCGGCGCGCGAUGUGCAGGAUACCUUCUUCAUCAAGGACCCGCCGUAUGCAAAGCACAUCCCCGAGGACUACCUCAAGCGCGUCACCCAAGUCCACCAAGAGGGUGGCUUUGGCUCGGUCGGAUACCGCUAUCCUUUCGACCGUAGGGUGACUGAGAAGCUGGUGUUGCGCACCCACACUACGGCGGUGAGUUCGGCCAUGCUGUACAAGCUCGCGAACCAGCCCGGGGGAUUCAAGCCCGCCAAGCUCUUUUCCAUCGACCGCGUCUUCCGCAACGAGGCGGUGGAUGCUACGCAUCUCGCCGAGUUCCACCAGGUCGAGGGCGUCGUGGCCGACUACGGCAUCACCCUCGGCGACCUCAUCGGCUUCAUGGAGGUCUUUUUCAAAAAGAUGGGCGUCACCAACCUCAGGUUCAAGCCGGCCUACAAUCCCUAUACCGAACCGUCGCUCGAGAUCUUUUCGUUCCACCAGGGCCUCAACAAGUGGGUCGAGGUGGGCAACUCGGGCAUGUUUAGGCCCGAGAUGUUGAGGCCAAUGGGGCUGCCCGAGGGCGUCAACGUGCUCGGUUGGGGUCUUAGUCUCGAACGCCCCACCAUGAUCCGAUAUGCGGUCAAGGAUAUCCGUGAACUCGUCGGUCACAAGGUCCCCAUCAGCUCGGUUGAAAAUGCACCCGCUACGAGAUUCUAG